ACAUACAGAGGUCACAUCAAGACGUCGACCGAUGCCAUUCUCCUCCUCGCUGCGUGCGACUUGCCCGCCUCGCCGCCGCCUCGUCGAAUCCACCGCCGACUGCUUGAGUCAGAGCGAGCGGAUCUCAUCCAGCCAGGCAGUAUCUUCGUCUGGGACGAAAAGGAGGCUGGCAUGCGAAGAUGGACUGACGGCAAGUGCUGGAGUGCAAGUCGGGUCAGCGGCUGCUUCCUCACUUACCGUGAGCUUGAGGUACGCAAGCGCUCUGCUCACGACAUCAAUGGUCCUCGUGCCAACCAGUACAAGGUCGAGGGUCUCAUCAAGCAAUCCUUCAGCAUGACCACCACCUCGGGCCGCAAGCUGCACAUAGUCUCCUACUACACCAAGCGCGACGUACGCGAAGGUCGCCUUCGUCGAGUCAGCGAAGACCCGCGC